AUACUUGGUAUGUUUUGUCAAAGUGGUUGAAUAUUAGCAGUUUUUCAUAGUUCCGGUUGUGCGUUUACAUUGGUUUUGCUACGGGGUGGAGCGGCUGAGUUUGUGGAGACGAGUACAGUGUGUUAUCGCCGAAGCAGCGUUUCAUACGCCGGGAAACAGUUAUUUGCUGAAAAGUGAGGUUAAAAGUGUUGAUCUGCGCACCACUCGGAUAAAGCAGAGUCUUGAGGAUGGUUCCUAUGGGGCCCGGUGUAGGUCAUGGUGGACAUCCGCCGGUCCACCAGCCUCCAAUACAGAGUGCUCCGUCCGGACCAAACACUUUAUCCACAAACAGCCAAUCAAACAAAUCAUCAACAACAGUGAAGCCUAAUUACACAUUGAAAUUCACUCUAGCCGGACACACGAAAGCUGUUUCAGCUGUGAAAUUCAGCCCAAACGGAGAAUGGCUUGCCAGUUCAUCGGCCGACAAACUCAUUAAAAUCUGGGGAGCAUACGAUGGCAAGUUCGAGAAAACAAUCGCUGGACACAAACUAGGAAUAAGUGAUGUAGCAUGGUCCUCCGAUAGUCGACUAUUAGUGAGUGCCAGUGAUGAUAAAACCCUAAAAAUUUGGGAACUCAGCUCAGGAAAAUGCCUGAAAACACUGAAAGGGCAUAGCAAUUACGUAUUUUGCUGCAAUUUUAAUCCACAAAGCAAUCUUAUUGUAUCGGGCAGUUUCGAUGAGAGUGUCCGAAUUUGGGAUGUCCGAACUGGUAAAUGUCUGAAAACUUUACCGGCACAUUCUGAUCCCGUGUCGGCGGUUCACUUCAAUCGUGAUGGAUCGUUGAUUGUGUCUUCGAGUUAUGAUGGUUUGUGUCGUAUUUGGGACACGGCCAGUGGACAAUGUUUGAAGACCUUGAUUGAUAAUGACAAUCCGCCUGUGAGUUUUGUGAAGUUCUCGCCAAAUGGAAAAUAUAUUUUAGCUGCCACAUUGGAUAACACAUUGAAAUUAUGGGAUUACUCGAAGGGGAAAUGCCUGAAAACGUACACAGGACAUACAAAUGAAAAAUAUUGUAUUUUUGCCAAUUUUUCUGUGACCGGAGGAAAGUGGAUUGUAUCAGGCAGCGAGGACAACAUGGUAUAUAUUUGGAAUCUACAAAGUAAAGAAGUUGUGCAACGACUUCAAGGACACACAGAUACGGUAUUAUGCACGGCAUGUCAUCCAACAGAGAAUAUCAUAGCAUCGGCAGCCCUUGAAAAUGAUAAAACCAUAAAACUUUGGAAGAGUGAUACCUAAAGGAGAACGUAUUUCUUAGAAUAAAAACUUCUUUUUUAAAUAAACUAUUGUUAAGAUCUUCUAAUUUUUUGAAUUUAACUACAAUCAAUAGAAAGUAAUAAAUAUUAUGCCUAUUUAAGUAGAGAAUAAGGGAAA